UCUUCCAUUUCUGUGUUGAUCUUGCUUUCAGUCUUCUCCCUCACUCUGGCUGCAACUUUCUUUUUCACUCUUUAAAGUUUUUGUCCUCUCCGAUCCAAUCUCUCUCUUUUUCUUUACCUACGAUAUAACCUAAAACUAUAAAGCUCAAUUAUAUGAUUUUUUUCAAUAAUUAUUAAUUUUAUAAAUUUUCCUGAUUAAGCGAAGAUGACGGGUGGUCACGUGACUAAGCGAGCUAAGUAUAAAACCACAAUCAAGGACCCUGGAACUCCCGGUACUCUUAGAAUGACACUUGAGAAAAUCUUAUUUGUGCCUCAUAAUCCUAAGUCAGCUGGAAAGCUUGAUGUCGAGUUUCGAUUCAUUAAAGGCCAAAAGCAUACCAAGGAGGGAUCAAACAAGCCACCAUGGCUUAAUCUUACAAAUAAUCAGAAUGGGAGUUUCAUCUUUGAGUUUGAAAAUUAUUCCGACCUCCAAGAUUGUCGAGAUUUUGUGGGCAAAGUUCUUGCAAAGAGUGGAGAAGUUUCUGAAAAACCUACUGUUACAUAUCCUGAUGAACAACUCAGUGCAGCUGAAAUGGAGCUUCGCAUUAAGCUAUUACAGGAAGAUAGUGAAUUGCAGACACUUCACAAGCAAUUUGUGCUUAGCGGUGUCCUGACAGAAGCUGAAUUUUGGGCAACACGGAAGAAGUUGCUGGAUAGAGAGGCCAACAAAAAGACAAAACAGAGGCUGGGUUUCAAAAGUGCAAUGAUUUCUGACAUUAAACCAUCAACCGAUGGUCGGACGAACAAAGUCACAUUUAAUUUGACCCCAGAGAUCAUUCUUCAAAUUUUUGCUGAGAAGCCAGCUGUUCACCGUGCAUUCCUAACUUAUGUUCCUAACAAGAUGUCAGAACGGGAUUUCUGGACCAAAUAUUUUAGAGCAGAAUACCUACAUAGUACGAAAAAUAGUGUUGCUGCUGCCGCAGAGGCUGCUGAAGAUGAGGAACUUGCUGUUUUUCUCAAGCAGGAUGACAUAUUGGCAAGCGAGUCUAGGUGGAAGAUCAGGCGGGUUGACCCAACUCUGGACAUGGAUGCUGAUGAGGGGGAUGAUUAUACACAUCUUCCCGAUCAUGGAAUCUUUCGUGAUGGUAGUAAGGAAGUAACUGAAUCAGAAAAUGAGCUAUACAGAAGAACUCUAUCCCAAGAUAUUAACCGGCAUGCUGCGGUUGUUCUUGAGGGAAGAGCAGUUGAUGUGGAGUUGGAAGACACGAGGUCUGUAGCAGAAGCUCUUGCUCAGUCAAAACAAGAAUCAUCAACUAAGGGAGAAUCAGAUGGGGAUACAAGCCGGGAGAGGUUAGGUAGGGUAUCAAGGAUGACUGAAAUUGAAGAUCUUCAGGCACCAAAUAUUCUUCCACUAGCACCACUUUGCAUUAAGGAUCCUCGAGACUAUUUUGACUCUCAACAAGCUAAUGCACUUAGAACUUCUGGAGAUGCACUUGGUGGAACUGAACAAAUAAAAUGCAGUUUGAGCAGCCAGGAGGUGUAUGGUUCUUUGAGACAGUCCAUCUCUGUGAUCAAAGCAAUAGGGUUGAAGGAUCCCAUAGUCAAGCCUGAAGUUGCUCAUCAAGUUUUUGAUGCUUUGACCCAGAGUAUCUCAACUACCAAAUAUAAUAUUGGGAAAAAUCCUCAAGAGAGUGUUCUGGACAGAUUGCCAAAGAAAAUUAAAGAGGAACUUUUGCAUCACUGGACAUCAAUCCUUGAACUACUCAGACAUUUUUGGUCAUCAUAUCCUAUCACCACCAGUUACCUCUAUACCAAGGUAAACAGACUGAAGGAUGCCAUGUCACAUAUCUAUCCACAGCUAGAGGAGAUUAAGGGAUCUGUCCCGUCAGACCUUCGGCAUCAGGUUUCCCUUCUUAUUCGUCCAAUGCAUCAGGCUCUAGAUGCUGCGAUUCAACAUUAUGAAGCAGACAUGCAGAAGAGAUCCAUGCGAAGUGGAGAGAGACCAAAUGGAUAUGCCUAGGGGAAUUUAAUUGUUGUCAUAAUGCAUGUCUUACUAUUAAAUACAACUGUACAUUAAAUCAAUUUUGUUGUGGAGGGGAUUUUAUUUUCAGCCCAUUAAUGUCAAAACAGACUUUACAGUUGCA